GAUCUCGCGAGAACAGUGGGGGGCGGAAGCACAAUCAGUGCAGGAUGCGGUUCCUGGUUGCGUUGGUCUUGCUGAGCGUCGCAGCGGCGGUGAUCCGAACACAAGAACAGUCUGGCAAGUUAAAGCUGCAGUCCACGGGAGACGGCCCUGCCAAGGAGAAGGCCCAGCCGCAGCCCACGGGAGACGACCCCGCCAAGGAGAAGGCCCAGCCGCAGCCCACGGGAGACGACCCCGCCAAGGAGAAGGCCGAGCCACAGUCCCGGGGAAAAGGCGCUGACAAGGAGAUAUCCCGGCCCCAGUCCACGGGAGAAGGCGCUGACAAGGAGAAAUCCCGGCCGCAGUCCUCGGGAGAUGGCCCUGACAAGGAGAAGCUCAAGCCGCAGUCCACGGGAGAAGGCUCUGACAAGCUGGUCUCCAACCCCUCCUCUGAUAACAAGGAGCCCACCAAGCCUGACUUAAACAUACCAGCUGACAAAGAUGCCUCUCUGCAUGCUUUUAGAAGUGAAUCUGGGGAGAGAGUAUUACUAGACUCGAAACCCACUUCUCCACAGCAGGAGAGAGAAGGCAAGUCUUCAGAGCUUACAGAUGUGGAGCCCAAGAAGGCCAAGGAAGGGGAUACAGAGCCUGAAGAAGAUUCACCAUCCAAAGGAGAGAAAGAAAUGCCUGGCCUUGCCUCCAGUGAGAACCGUGAAGGGACACUUUUGGAUUCCACGGGUAGAGGGAAUGUUGACCCUUUUAAGGACAAUCUUGGACGUGCUAGUGCCGAGAGCAGCCACUUCUUUGCCUAUCUGGUGACUGCAGCCAUUCUUGUUGCUGUCCUCUACAUUGCCUAUCACAACAAACGGAAGAUUAUUGCUUUUGUCCUAGAAGGAAAAAGAUCGAAAGUCAUUCGGCGCCCAAAGGCCAGUGAUUACCAGCGUUUGGACCAGAAGAUUUGAUUUUUCCAUUCAUGAGAACUUUGUCCUCCCUGCUGAUUUGUUUUUAAAUCAAGAGAAAUGAAGAAAAAAAGUACUGUGACCUAAGAGACACCCCCUCCUCUAGGAUUUGGUGGCAAGUCUGGGCAGGCAGAGGCGGGGGGAUUGCUUUGAUUUUUGCACCUGCACUUUGGUGACCUUGUAUGCCUGUGUCCCCAUUAUCUCUCCUGGUGUCUUCUAUCCUUUCCUCCUCUGAUUGUGAAUAGAGAGAGCAUGUGGGAAGCCAGCUGUGACCAAAGGGAGAUCUCAGCCCCAGGCAGGCUACUGCUGCUGACUGCCUUCCCUUGGGCAUUGGCCAUUUAGUAGUUAUCCCUUGAAAAGAGCAUUGUCCCACCACUAUUUAUCUCUGUAGACCUAGGAAAACUCUCUGCAGGAUGAGGUGUUCUUGUACCAAGGCCUCUUACUUUGGGGGGAUGUGCCCUUUACAGAAGAUGAAGAGGUGAAUGCUGACGGGCACAGGGCUACUUUAACACAUAACUCUUCAGAGGCUCCAGCAGCAAACCAAAACAGCUUUUAAAAAGUGCUUUAUUGCCUGUAAGUCCAACCUGUCUAGCAUAAGUCCUUCACAUUUUUCCGAUAUUUUCAUAUUAAGACAAAGUCAAUUUCCAUUUGGUUGUCCUGACUGAACUUGGGGAUUCUGGGAGUAAAGCUGUAAAGCCAUGGUUCCCAUUAUAGAUUUUUUAAAAAUACAGUUAUGAUUAUUGAAAUACUUUGUUCUUCUAUACUCAUAAUUGUAACAAACUUUUUAAAAUAGGGUAAGCUCAGGCUUCGCAUAAGAUGUGCAGGACGGUUUUUGGUUUUGAUCUGCAUUAUUUCAAAGGGCUUUUAUGGAAGGUUUCCCACAAACUCUGCAUUGCCUUUGUUGCCUAAAAUAGACAAAAUAGACUUGUAAUCAGAAACGAACUGUACUCUCUUUUACCUUAAUCUAGUAAAUGGUUCUCUCAUCCGAUAUAAAAUGCCAAGGGUAAUUAGUAAAAAUUCUCUUCCCACCCCAUGUCAGACGUUAUUAAAAUUUAAGAAAUUCAGGGGUAGCUGAGGUAGUGUCUUGGAUCCUGCUGUGGCUUGAAGUUUUCCUUAAAUCUGCUCUAGUUGUGCUACCCUAUUAUAGCCUAGAGAGAGUUGUUUCUGCAAAGAAAAAAUGGAAAUCAAAUAGCUGAUCUCAGGGAAAAACAAAGAAUGUGGGAAGUGAGGGCAGUGGGAUGAAUUCUAUGCUGUUGGGAAGCCAGUCUGUAGAAGGGACCAGCCUGUUGUCACAUUAUCUUGCACCUUGCUUAAAACAGAGCAUGGCUUUGACUUGAGAUUUAUGGAGAUAAGGAAUGAAUGAAUGCUCUUGGCAUCAUUCUCUCUACCUGUGCACCAACCUCAUAAUGCUUUCCUCUGUCUAGGGAAUUUUCUCUCAGGCUCUCCUAGCAUUCCAUAAAAUCACGGUUCCCCUGUCUACCUCUCAUGGCCUAGAGAAUCAAGCUUUUAUAGACUCCAGCGUUCAGGCCUCUGUAGAUCUGCGUCCUAUCCAGGCCAGAGGCUCCUCUUGUCAGGCCCAUCUAGGCUUCCGUGCCUUUUUGUUCUUGCUGUGUCCUCCAUUCCCUGGCUUCCCAUGACUGUUCUUUGGUUAGGGUACACUCCCUUCUCUUCUCUCACCUGUCUCCCCCAAAUGUUCCUUCAGGGCCCAGCUCAGGUUUUUCCAGGCACCUUCUUCACUGCCCCCACCACACAGGGUUGGCUCUUUCCAUUCUACUCUUUUUUUUUUUUUUUAAAGAUUUUAUUUAUUCACUUGA